AUGACUGAUCGCCCCCUUUCAGCACCUACUUUAGAGGAGCCCACUACUUCCGCUACUCGCGAUGGCAAGAAUUCAGACGGUGUCCACAGACGGGGCUCCGACAAGCUUGGCGAGGCGUCAGAGCAAUCACUUUCGACCUCGACAGAUGCGGACACUAAGCAGACUGUUACCAGGCCCCCAACCGCCAAACUUCCGCUGACAAGUGAUGUAGCGGACGGUCAAACAUCUCUACGUCAUCCAUUCUCCCAUCUCUACCAUUCCUCAGGUACCUCCAGGUCGCCGUCUACCAGAACCUCUUCUAGCUCGCUACAGGCCUUGAAUGAGGAUUCCGUGGUUGACGUCCGCUCCGAUCUCGGUGUAUUUGGACGCCCUUCUCUACCUCGGAGAACCUCGCAUUUAGGACAGUCGGAUGCCCCAUCCACCGACUACCCUGUCUAUCCAGACCAAUCGUACGCUGUUCUCCAAUCCCAAGUUCACCCUACCUAUCAGCCUCCGUUCCUUCGCUCCCGGAGCUCAUACCCAUCGCGCACCGAGAUCCUUACUCGCUUUGCGCCGUCACGGCCCUCCCGUACGGCCGGCAAUACUCCCAUAUCCAGUCCGGGUCUUUUUUCCGUUCGAAGCUCAACCCCACUCGGCUCGGACGAUGAAGGUCGCAUUAGCAGUCCAUAUCUCCACCCAACGCACAUGCAACCGCCGAAAGAGACUCACACUGCUGAAGUGGAUCGGGAUCUCGUGACCGGGAAUAAAUUAAUUAAUCAGUAUGAAAUCCUCGAAGAGCUUGGACGGGGUGAGCAUGGGAAAGUAAAGCUGGGUCGCCAUGUGACUACGCGCCAAAAGGUUGCUAUCAAGAUUGUGCAGCGCUAUUCGAAACGUCGUCGCUUGGGAAAGCUGGGGAAUCCUGAAGACAAAGUCAAGAAAGAAGUCGCCAUCUUGAAGAAGGCGCGUCAUCCGAAUGUGGUCAGUUUAUUAGAGGUUAUUGACGAUCCAAAUCGACAAAAAGUUUAUAUAGUCCUUGAAUUUGUUGAGAACGGUGAGAUCAUUUGGCGGCGGCGAGGUCUGCGAGAAAUCGUGCAUGUUGACAAAAACCGGCUUGAGCGCGAAAAGGCGGGCAUUGCGGAUUCGCCAUCGUUUAUGGAGGAGAGUUUGCAGUAUGUCAGAACCGCCCAGCACCUCCGUCAGCAACGAGAAAGGGCACGUGAACGGCGUCAAGCAAAGGCAGCUUGCGCACAGCAAGGUCCCAUUCCAGCUUGGAGUUUAGAGCAUGGUGCCGAAUCAGAUGAGGAGGAGGAACCCGGACACGACAUGUCAUUUGCCCGUACGUCCAGCCGUUCUAUAGUGGGCCAGGAAGAUAUCCAAUCCUCGCCAAGCCACUCUUUCAUGUCGGCCCAUGAAUCAACGUUGGCUGCAGUGGAAGGUAGUAUGUAUGGCGCCUAUGCAGAUUUCAACUUCGAAAGGCGGUUCAGCACCGCUUCUAGCAGCUUUGGAUAUGCCCCCUCUGAGCCGGAAUGGUUCUCUGAUGACGACGAUAUGUCCUAUGUCCCUUGUUUGACCUUCACCGAAGCUCGUAACGCAUUCCGAGAUUCCUUGCUCGGUCUUGAGUACCUCCACUAUCAAGGCAUCAUACACCGUGAUAUCAAGCCUGCGAAUUUACUGGUCACCAGCAGUCAUCGCGUGAAGAUAUCAGAUUUUGGUGUCUCGUACCUGGGGCGGCCCAUCAGGGACGAAGAUGAAGAGCAAGUCGGGGAGACUGAUGCAACUGAACUAGACGACGCUCGAGAGCUCUCUAAGACCGUUGGGACUCCCGCUUUUUACGCUCCGGAGCUGUGCUAUACAGGUGACGAUUUUGUGGAUGCCAUUGGCAGCGUGCCUCGGAUCACCGGCGCUAUUGAUGUCUGGUCUCUCGGCGUGACUCUCUACGGGAUGAUCUUUGGGCGCCUGCCAUUUGUCUCGGACGACGAGUAUAGCAUGUUUCAGACUAUAGUCAAGAAAGAUGUCUUUAUUUCGCGAAAGCGCCUAAAGCCUGUUGAAAAUGACCCUGAUUCUGUCAGCCAAUGGCCUCGGUAUCCGGACAACAGCAAACGUAUGGAACAUGAGCUCGUCUACGAAGAGAUUGAUGAUGAGCUAUAUGAUCUUCUGAAACGACUGUUGACAAAGGACCCAGUAAAGCGGAUCACCGUGAAAGAGAUCAAGCACCACCCCUGGGUUUUAGAUGGCUUGCCAAACCCUAGAUCAUGGGUGGAGGAGACCGAUCCCGGCUAUCAGAGCAAAGGAAAGCGGAUUGAAGUAUCGAAUGAAGAAGUUACUACAGCUGUCAGCAAGGUCCCGUUUAUCCAACGUGUGCGAUCCAACGUUGCCAAAUGGUCCAAUUAUUUAACCGGGAAGUCAAAAGACAAAGACAAUCUGAAACGGACGCCUAGCACAGCACCGUCAGUGGAAUCGUUAUCUACUAUGUCAAGUAGCAAUUCAUUUGGAAAGCAUCUUUGGGACAACCGACGAGCCAGUCUUAGGGAGGAGGAUUUUCUUCGGCACUCUCGACUGACUAGAGAUGGUGAACACCCCCUUUCACAAAGUGUCACUGCAAGCCCUGUGGGCCGGGAUGAGCAGUCAUCUUACUUCCAAGAUGUGCAAUUCGAUACGAUGCAAUCUAAUGGAUGCACCCCUCGACCAGAACCCCCGGAGCGUGCGACAUCAACAUUGUCUACUGCUGAGUCCGCAAAGACGGUCAAACCGUCCAAUGCCACUGAAUCUUCGGUGUCUCGACGAACCGGUGUUUCAGCCCGUGUCGAAACAUCCGGGACUACGAAUGUCAGUGGCCUAUUUGGCGGAGCCAGCCGUAGGCUAGCAAGAGGACUUCAGACUGGGGAACAGCGCCCAGAAAGGCCUCUUUCAGAAGCAGCGUCACUUGACGGUGACCGGCACUCCGAGCCUAGCUUGGCCUUGAGUGUCGCUUCCGCAGUUGGCCAUCAUUCUAACUUGUUGGUAUACGAGGAAUCGCUGCCAUUUCGGACCGAGAACCUAGGACAUCGGCGCAACCGAUCUCAUCAACUCCCCGGCAAAGCUUCCGGUGAGCCCCUGUCCCUUACCAAAGAAGCCUUACGCCAGAGAAGGAACGAUCUCGAACGUACUCCUGUCAAAGGGGAGAUGAUUUCCCAUGGCAAUAGCGAGCCAUACGUAAUCAGUGGGCAAGAACGCCGGGACAUGGAGUGUCCUGCCGAUACUGCCUUCUUUGAACAAUCCACCGUCGGGCUGACUACAUCCCCUCCAUCCGCUGCUACCAUUUCUUCAUCCUCAGUCGAUGACUACAGCGGAAUAUCUCAGAGCACUUCACACCCAAGUAUCCCGUCCGUUGUCUCGGGUGCGUCCUCGCUUUCUGGCGAGGGGUUUGUCAGGGACAAGGGGGACAAGGAAUGCGAGUCGGCGAUCCAGGUUCCUUCUAUCCUUCGUACGGGUGAAACUGUCAAAGCGCGGCGUCCAAGUCUACCUCGACCGGUGGAGGAAGACGAAUCUCGGUAUUACUGUGACGACGAAGAUGACUUCGAGGAUGACUCGGAGGAUGAAGGCCUCGUCAUUGGGAAAAAGAAGGCUACUCCCCAGAAACCAAUCGUCCCUGGCAAACACAUCUCGAAAUCAUAA